AUGAGUUGCAAACAGAUCUCCUCAUCUUUCUGGAGCAGCAGCUGCGGAGGAGGAGGGGGAAGUGGGGGUAGCAUGAGGUCCUCCUUCAGUCGCUCCUCCCAGGCUGGUGGAGGAGGGGGCCGCUUUCGCUCUCCCAGUGGAUUUGGUGGGGGUGGCUUUUCGGCCUGUGGCAGUGGAGGUGGUGGCAGUUUUGGCUCUAGCUACAGUGGAGGAUAUGGAGGGGGUUUUAGUUCACGGAGUUCUGGCGGUAGAUUCCGUGGAGGUUCUGGAAGUGGCUUUGGUGGUGGCUCUGGAAGUGGUUUUGGUGGUGGCUCUGGAAGUGGCUUUGGUGGUGGCUCUGGAAGUGGUUUUGGUGGUGGCUCUGGAAGUGGCUUUGGUGGAGGCUCUGGAGGUGGUGAAGGUGGCAUUCUGACUACCAAUGAGAAGACUGUCAUGCAGAAUCUCAACUCCCGUCUGGCCUCCUAUAUGGAUAAAGUACAGCAACUGGAGGGAGACAACACCUCCCUGGAGAGGCAGAUCCAGGAAUGGUAUUCAAAGAAGGGGCCCAGAAUCUUCCAGAAGGACUACUCCCCUUACUACAAUACUAUUGAAGACUUGAAGGGCAGGAUUGAGGAUCUCACGGUGACCAACAACAAAAUGCUCCUGGACAUAGACAAUACUCGCAUGACUGUAGACGACUUCAGGGUUAAGUUUGAGAUGGAGCAGACCCUGCGUCAAGGGGUGGAAGCUGAUUCUAAUGGCCUGAAAAAGGUGUUGGAUGUUCUCAAGAUGGAGAAAACGGAUAAAGAGAUGGAGCUUGAUAAUCUGUCGGACGAGAUAAAGGCCCUGAAGAAGAACCACCGGGAGGAGAUGAGCCAGCUCACGGGCCAGAACGAUGGAGACGUUAACGUGGAGAUAAAUGUUGCUCCUAGCACAGACCUCACCCAGGCCCUCAAUGACAUGCGUGAGGAGUAUGAAAAGGCCAUUUCCAAGAACCGCCAGGACAUUGAGCAAUACUAUGAGUCCAAGAUGACCCAGAUUGAACAAGAAGUGACAAAUAACGGUGAAGAGAUGGAGAGAAAUAUGAAGGAAGUAUCCCAGCUGCAGCACAACAUCCAGGAGCUGAACAUCGAGCUGCAGACUCAGCUUAGCACGAAAUCAGCCCUGGAGAAGGCUUUGGAAGACACAAAGAACCGCUACUGUGGCCAGCUGCAGCAGAUCCAGGGGCAGAUAUGUGAGGUGGAGGCCCAGCUUGCUGAGGUCCGGGCAGAAAUCGAGUGCCAGAGCCAGGAAUACAGCAUUCUACUCAGCGUCAAGACACGGCUAGAGAAGGAGAUUCAGACCUACCGCAAUCUCCUUGAAGGCGGCCAGCAAGACUUUGAAUCGUCUGGAGCUGGACAAAUUGGCUUUGGAAGUGGCAAAGGAAGACAAGGAGGAAGUGGAGGCAGCUAUGGUGGAGGAAGUGAGGGCAGCUAUGGCAGAGGAAGUGGAGGAGGCUAUGGUGGGGGAAGUGGAGGUAGCUAUGGUGGAGGAAGUGGAGGUAGCUAUGGUGGAGGAAGUGGUGGCAGCCAUCGAGGGGGAAGUGGGGGCAGCCAUGGAGGAGGAAGUGGAGGCAGCCAUGGAGGAGGAAGUGGAGGCAGCCAUGGAGGAGGAAGUGGAGGCAGCCAUGGUGGAAAAAGUGGAGGUAGCUACGGAGGAGGAAGCAGUUCUGGGGGAGGAAGUGGAGGAAGCUAUGGUGGAGGAGGAAGCAGUUCUGGGGGAGGAAGUGGAGGAAGCUAUGGUGGAGGAGGAAGCAGUUCUGGGGGAGGAAGUGGAGGGAGCUAUGGUGGAGGUAGUGGAUCCAGGGGAGGAAGUGGAGGUGGCCAAAGUAGAGGAGGUGGCUCUAAGGGAAGUAGUGGAGGCAGCUAUGGUGGAGGAAGUAGCUCAGGAGGAGGAAGUGGGGGCAGCUAUGGUGGAGGGAGUAGCUCAGGAGGAGGAAGUGGGGGCAGCUAUGGUGGAGGAAGUAGCUCAGGAGGAGGAAGUGGGGGCAGUUAUGGUGGAGGAAGUGGUUCAGGAGGAGGAAGUGGGGGCAGCUAUGGUGGAGGAAGUGGUUCAGGAGGAGGAAGUGGAGGCAGCUAUGGCGGAGGAAAUAGAAGGCCAUCUCAGUCCCAGUCCUCCUCAAAAUCUGUCGAGUGCGAUGAUGAGUCACAAGCCAAGAACCCUCCCUCUAACCCCCCUACCUCUCCCUCUGCUCCGCCCGUCAUCCUCCUUGCCCAGAAUGGUGACGACCCCCUAGAUCCGGGGGACGCUGCGACCCUUGAGGAGGAAGCCGCCCGCUAUCACUCCGAAGAGUGGCCUCCCUUGGCCCUCCCGACCCUUCCCUCUCCCCUCACUGCCUCUUUGCCUGCCGCGCCCUCUUUACCUUCCACUGCACUCACCGCUAUGAAAUCUCGCCUGACUCGACAGAUUCAAGACCUUAUGGAGGUCCUCCAACUUCAAAAUCGCCUCUCUCGUCUCCCGUCCGCAUCGCCUUCCCUGUCACACACUCCCAGAUGGCGCCUGAGUCUGGCCGAGAGACUGCCUCAGCUCCCGCUCCUCCGUCUCAACCUUCCGCUUCCCGGUCCGCUGGCCUCCACUCGCAGGGACCCUCCUCCCCUCAUUGAUCUCCAUUCUGACUCCAAGGCGGAACAGUCCACCUCCGACCAUAAUCCAAAUAGUGAAACUGAAAGUGACGCCGAUGAUCGGGCGCCCGCUCCUACUGUUUAUCGCUCAGUCCGCCUCUGCCGCCAUGGCCGCUUGGAGGGCGAUCCCUACCCAGGGGUCCGUUCCCUCUCCCCUGACUAA